AUGUGGACGUUAACGCUCAAGCACAUAAAUGAUUCGCUUACGUUUCUUUAUAGUGGCGCGGACGUGAACCUCCGCAGUGACAGGUCAUCUCAAAGUACCCUUUUUGCUGCCACAUUGAACGGUAGCUUAGAUAUGGUGCGAAUGCUUCUUGGCAACGGUGCGGAAGUUAACACUCGAGCCAAUGGUAACAUUGCUUUCCAUGUUGUCGUAUCGAAAGGCAACUGA